AUGUCAAUAACUUUGUAAGAGGCCAAUGCAACCUUUGGUUCGAUUGAUUCAGCUUGCAACAGCAUCAUAUUGAAUGGAUUAUACCUUCCAAAAAGAUAAUCUCAGUUAUAACCAUAUAUUAUCAAUCUAAAAUGGCAAAUAAAUUUUGUAGGAUACAACUUUAAGAUUUAAAACUCUGGCAAAUGCUGGCUAGUAUUGUAUUAUGAAAACCUUAGGGAUUUGAUGAAGUACAUCACCCAAGAUAAAACGUGGAUGGUUAAUGUUCCCUUCUAAUUAACAGUUUAAAAGCUAGAUACACCGUGUAUCAAUAUUGA